UAGUGGGAUGGAGCCAGAGCUCAAUGACUUGGUUAUUGACUUCACUCUUCACAUUAGUUAGUGUCUCACUGUGCUGAGGCUGUGUCUGAUGUAGAAGUUGGUCUUUGCCAUACAUUUUAUUCUGGAUGCAUAGAAAAGUUUCUGGAUUAGGGGAGAACUGACACAAAGCGGCGACGCCACUCCAGCUACACUCACAACAACGCACAGGAGGCGAGAGGGGGGACCGAGAUAGAGAGCGCGACGCACCGGGGUGAAGACACUCGAGCGAACUUCAGCCACCUGUGACGACUUCUGACUCUCACAACCAUCCGAGAGCGAGAGACAGAGAGAGAAGAAGAGAGGGAGCGAGAGAGGGGGCGACAGAGAGAGCGAGAGAUUCAGCAGCACAGAGGCAGGGGAUCUUUGCAGACAAGGUCCUGAAGGAUGGAGGAGAAACAGUUUUCUGGGAUCCUGAACGGAGCGGUUCCAGGCGAGGCAGUGAAGAGAGAUGAAAACUCCCGGAGAGGGAACUGGGGAAACCAGAUUGAGUUUGUUCUCACCAGUGUGGGUUACGCUGUGGGCCUGGGCAACGUCUGGAGGUUUCCCUACCUUUGCUACAGAAAUGGAGGAGGUGCUUUCAUGUUUCCAUACCUCAUCAUGCUGGUGUUUUGUGGCAUUCCUCUCUUCUUCCUUGAGCUGUCCUUUGGGCAGUUUGCCAGCCUUGGAUGUUUGGGAGUUUGGAAGAUCAGCCCUAUGUUCAAAGGUGUGGGCUACGGCAUGAUGGUGGUGUCCACCUACAUUGGGAUCUACUACAACGUGGUCAUCUGCCUCGCCUUUUACUACUUUUUCAUGUCCAUGACCAACCUGCUGCCAUGGACCUACUGCAACAACCCCUGGAACACAGCGGACUGCAGCGGGGUGAUGGGCAGCGGGUCCCAGCUCAACGGCAGCCUGAUGAACACCACCACCAGCCUGGUCGCAGGUGUGUCUGAGGUGGUCAACCAAUCAAAGAGGACCAGCCCCAGUGAGGAGUACUGGAAAAACUAUGUGUUGAACAUUUCUGAUGAUAUUGGGAACUUUGGAGAGAUCCGUCUCCCUAUCCUGGGCUGCCUGGCUAUAGCCUGGGUCGUUGUCUUCCUCUGUCUCAUCAGAGGUGUUAAAUCCUCUGGAAAGGUGGUGUACUUCACAGCUACCUUCCCCUAUCUGGUUUUGACCAUCCUCUUCAUUCGUGGCAUAACUCUGGAUGGAGCCAUCAAUGGCAUCAAGUACUACCUGACUCCACAGUGGGGGAAGGCCGAUGCAAAGGUGUGGGGAGAUGCUGCUUCUCAGAUCUUCUACUCCCUGGGCUGUGCCUGGGGUGGUCUCAUUACCAUGGCUUCCUACAACAAGUUCCACAACAACUGUUUCAGAGACAGCAUCAUCAUCAGUGUCACCAACUGUGCGACCAGUGUGUACGCCGGCUUUGUCAUUUUCUCCAUUCUGGGCUUCAUGGCAAACCACCUGAAUGUCCCCGUGUCUGAGGUGGCUGACCACGGCCCGGGCCUGGCCUUCGUGGCUUACCCAGAAGCCCUCACUCUGCUCCCCAUCUCACCACUGUGGUCUUUGCUGUUCUUCUUCAUGCUCAUCCUUCUGGGACUGGGGACUCAGUUUUGUCUGCUGGAGACUCUGGUGACGGCCAUUGUCGAUGAGAUCGGUACAGACUGGAUCAUCAGAAACAAAACUGUAGUAACACUGUCAGUGGCCGUAGUUGGAUUCCUGCUGGGAGUGCCACUAACGUCACAGGCAGGGAUCUAUUGGCUGUUACUGAUGGACAAUUACGCUGCUAGCUUCUCUUUGGUCAUCAUCUCCUGCAUCAUGUGCAUCUGUGUCAUGUACAUUUAUGGUCAUCAGAAGUACUUCAAAGAUGUUGAGAUGAUGCUGGGAUUCCCUCCUCCUCUCUUCUUCAAAGUCUGCUGGAGAUUCAUCUCCCCUGUCAUCAUCUUUUGCAUUCUGGUCUUCACAGUGAUUCAGUACAAGCCCAUCGAAUACAAUAACUACGUGUAUCCUGGUUGGUCCUUGGCUAUUGGGUUUAGCAUGGCUCUGUCCUCAGUGAUCUGCAUACCCAUCUAUGCCAUCUACAAGAUCUGCACGUCCCCAGGAGCCACCUUCAGAGAGCGGUUGAAGAACGCUUGUCAAGCAGAUCCAUCGUGGGGCCCCGCCCUGCAGGAGCACCGGACAGGCCGCUACGCCCCCAUGGCCCCCGAAGAAACACUGGAGUCUCGUCCCCUCAAGGAGAAGGAGGAGCUGAAGGAGGAGGAGAAGGAGAGGAGGGAUGAAAUCAGCCUCACCGUCCAGGGAAGCAAUGGCUCCACCAACACACACAACAACCCCAACCCAUAGACAGCGUCCCUCACUCUGUCUCAACCAUCUCCUUCCUCUCUUUUUCCUCCCUUCUCCUCCAUCCUCACCCCACUUUCCUGCAGUCCUCUGUGGGGGAGAUCCCAUUCGCUGGAGACCUUUACAUAUUGUAAGGGCUUAUUAUAUCUAUCCUAACCUCUUCUAUAUCUAUCUGUGUGUCGUCUCUAAAAUAAAGGAAGAGAAUUAAACGGCAGGAGAAAAAAUUAGGUCAUCAUCCAAAAGAUUUGCAUGCGUGCGAGAAAGUUUGUGAGUGAGUUGUUAAUUUGUCCAACAUAAUUUAAUAAUGCAGUUUGUCUUUUCCUUUUGUAAAACGUGUGUUUGACACAUGCACAUGCAUAUCCGAGGUACCGCAGGUUAAGAGGCUGCAUGUGUUUGUUUUGUGCACGCAGCAACGUCGAGACACACACACACACACACACACAUUGUUCUCUUGUGUUCAGUUAGUCGGGUCUGUUUGGGAUCGGUGAUGUUGGCGCGGCAGUGAAAUGACAGCUGUUGUUGCGGUGCUGUAAUAUAGAGGAGGGUGAACUCGCCCGCCCUGGUCAUUCGCAGCGCGCUGAUGCUGCGUUAUGGCAAUAUUCUCAACUCCACGGCCACGGAGCGCGGCGGAUACACUCGUUCGCCCUCACACGCUCACGUUAUUGUACAUUCUACAGCACACGGUGACCUCAAACAUAGUUGAACUCAGCUCAAUACGAAGCCUGUUUGUUUGUUUUUAUGCUGCUUCUUCCUUUAAAAAAAAAAAUGUUAAAAAAUUGAAAAAAAGAAACACACUCUGCAGAGCACAAACAUUUAACACCUGAGACACGGCGACUGAUACUCGCUGUCUUGUCCGUAGAAAAAGUUUCCUCCAUUUUUCUAACUUUUCUUUCACUAAAGCUGCUUAAAGUUUGAAAACUCGGCAGAGGAAUUUCAGCGAACUUAAGCCGUACUGUAACCCUCUGCCUGUGCAUUCACACACACACACACACACAAACACACACACACAUGCAUCCAGUUUUCUUGACAGAAGGGAUCUCACGGCCAUUUCUCAGGGUCCAAGCGGCGUUAAACUCUGUGGUUUGUUGUUCUUCCUCACCAAUGGGAACCUCGUCUUGACUAAGAUGGCCUGUUUAAGAUAAUACGGACUGAAAUCGCCUCACUGUCAAAAAACAACAACAUACACACGUAACACAAGUGGAUGCAACUUUAAAUAUAGAAGUGCCAUCUCAUCUUAAGUCUUCCAGGCAUUCCUUUUCUUUUCUUUUUGUUGUUGAGUGAAAUGCAUCAUGGGAUGUGGUCUGUGACGGACGAUCUGGACUCGGGGAGGUUAUUCGGUGACAAGAAUCAUAGAGUGUGUGUCUCCUGCCACGUUUACACACGUUACCUGAGCCCGACGCGCGUUGUUGUUGUUGUUUUUUUGUUGUUUAACGUGUGCGUCCCAGAGACUAAACCUGGUCCCAGUCUCUUCCAGUCCCUGGAAACUUUAAUGUAUUUACACAGACACAGAGAGAUGCAGCUUGUCUCUGGAAGAAUAUAAAAAAUAAGAUCAUCAAUGACAUAUACAUAUAUAUAUAUAUAUAUAUAUAUAUAUAGUUUUAAAUGUAGGGAUACAGUAUAGUGUUGUUCUCCAUCUUACCUCUUGUCAUUGUAAAGUAACUUAGUAAAUAAUGAUAAAGACAGCAUACAUCUAUUUUGUACAAAAAAAAAGAACUAACUACAGAAUCAUGAUUAACCAUGUUAACCAUUCCUCCCCUGUUUAGUUGGAGAGGAGGUGAUAUGAUAGGGAGGAGGUGUACGGAGCAUUUGUUGAUCACUGUGCUGAUGAAACUGGUCGUCUUCACCCACUCAGGUGGGCGUCACGUGUUCCUUCUGUGAGGCAGUCAGUCUGUGGCCGACAGCAUAUUUAUAUCCAGAGGGAAUAAGUCGUCUUCUUUUGGUGGGAGCCAGGCUUGUUUGCAUACUUGCUUGAUACGCAGUGGUUAGCUGAGCAUGGCUAAGACUGGGAGUGGGGGGGAGGGGGGGAGGAGUGAAAUGGAACUCGGACGUUGUCGAUUUGAUUAUUUUCACCUGUGAUUUUCCUUCUGGCUUCUGUGCAAAGGGCCCAGUCACCUCUGAAGGCCUGUACGGAAAUGUGUUCUCUUUUUCUUGUCUGCGUUAAUCACGCCCACGUCAAAUUUCUGGCCAAUCACACGAUAGUUGUCGGACACCACACAAGAAAGAAGCUCUGCCCAGAUGAUGGGUCUGGAACGAGCUGCACCAAACGAAGGCUGCGAGGAAAUGAAGGCUUUUCACGCAGAGAGAGAACACAUUUCUCCGUCCUUGACUAGUCUCAGGCCUUAAAGCCCCUUAAAAGCAACACUGUGUAACUUUGGCGGGACGUGCUGUUGCUGUAACAAUCACGCCACUAUUUUCACUACAUUUUUACCUGACUCUCAGCUCAGCGUGAUCCUGGCAGUUUGAGAUGCCGCGGACAAUUGAGUUACACAAUUCUUCCGAGCUGUUUUCAGACAUGACCUUUGAGGGAGGUCCCCAGAUUUGGUGUCAGGACGUCCUCCGGAGUUUGUCGUCGUCACAUGACAUUUUCUGGGGGAUACGCACAAAGCACACCAGUUUUAACAUGAAUAGUAUAUUGUUUUUACAUC